CUGUCUGUCUGUCUGUCUGUCAGUCUGUAUAUUAACUCCACUGACACACGGCAGCGAGCAGCGAGACACGCAGGAACAGAAAAGCAAAGAAAAGUGACCAUAUUGAAACUCACAGUCGACAUGUCUCAGUAUUCAGACCUGGAGAAUGCCAUCAACACGCUGGUCACCCAGUUUCACUCUGCUUCAGCUUCCAAUGGUCCAACGCUGAAAACCGAUGAAUUCAAAGGUCUUUUGUCCUCCCAGAUGCCUAACCUGGUCAAGGUCGGCACAGACCAGGGAAUGGGUGAGAUCCUGAGGAAGAUGGGUGUAGCUGAUGGCGAGGGCAUCUCUUUCAAGCAUUUCUGGACCUUAAUCCAGUCAGUAGCCACCUCACAGUACAGCCAACUCAGCAGCCAGAUGGGCUCCUCAUGCAAAUGCAUCCUCCUGUGAAGAGCCAGCUCUCAGCCCAAUACAGCUCUGAGUUUAUCUAAACAGAGUAUUAAUAUGCACAUCACUCUCCUAAUCAGGUGUCGGACAGAAUACAAAGGUACAAAGUCUAGUCUGCACACAGCAAGCUGUUCCCACCAUUUCUGACUAAAACAUGACAGUUUGUAAAUGCUGUGAUCUCUUUUCCACAUCACCCUUCUGCCAGUAUACUGUCCAGCAUCCUUUGCAUGACACGUCAUCCAUAUAAACAUGUCAGUAUGCUUCAAAAGAAGCGCUUGUUGGAUCGUCUAACAAUGUCGGAAACCCCCUCUAUCAUCAUCAUCACCAUCAUCUUUUAAUCAAGGCACGCUUUUUAGUGGGGAAAUUCAUAAUACCUACCAACACUUCUGCCUUCAGAUGUUGUACAAACAAAUAAUUUGAUGCAUAUUGAACCCUUCAGACACUAUUACACAAUCCAACAAGGGGAGGCCCUACCACUCAUUUUGAAUUUAAGUUGUGCAAAAGGUGCUGGGCAUUAUCAGUCAUAGUCAUUAACAUUUCCUUGUUUGCUCCAGUUUUUUGUCCAUGUAUAGUAGGAAUACAUGUCCAUCCACGUCUUCAAAUGGCUCGUGUUUACUACACUAAUUAUAAAAGAAUGAAUGGCCCUCUUUUGUGGUAUUCAAAACUUCAUAAAUACAUUUUCUAAUAGUUCAAAGCAGACUGUUGAGAAUGGUGUACUCCAUCAAAUGUAAGCAUGGCCUUGAAAUGGAGAAGAUACAUCAUUGACCAUUUUACAAAAGGGAACAAGAACAGGUUCUUAUGUUCAUCUCACUAGUAAGCCACAUAAAAGUAUAUAGUUUCUAUACAGUGGUAUGGUGUAGUCAACUUCACGUCAAAAAUGUACCAUGUUAAGCACAUCAGUAUGAGAGCAUUUACCAUCAAACCGAGUUACAGUAAUUCUUAGAAACAUUAAGGAGAAAUUAGUUUACCUUUCAAAAGAUUUGCAAUUUGUUUCUUCCUUUGCAAAAAACAAACUCCAACUGUGUUAGCAAUGACAGUUUACCAGUCAUCAUCUUUUUUUUUUAUAAAUAUGAUACUAACCAUCUUAAUUUGAUCUAAUGUGUCAGUAACAAAACACAAAAGUCUACUUUGGAUUAUUUCUAAAUGUCAGUAUGUUUGAAUUUGCAAUCAUGUGGUGAAAACCUCUUAUUGUGUGCCUUAUAUUCCCUUUAUAAGUUUCUACCAGUAAUGCUUUACCCUGUCAUCCUGCAUUUUCUCUGUAUUUAUAUUUUGGGAUUCUCUGUAUUCUGAUCUAUGUGACACCAUAAGAAAAAUGAUGUAAUAAACAUACAAAUAAAUCAACAGUACUGCAA